AGCAUGUUGCUUGGAGAGUGGGCUCUACAAUCACUCUGUCAAUAAUCAACAUCAGACAAAAAGCAUCAGAAUGGCAUAAAAGCAGCGAGAAUCAGGGACGGUGUCAGUCUGAGUAUUUGGAGACAGAGUCAACAUGAACUUCACUUUUUGUGUCCUAGUGUUGCUCUCUGGUUUAACUCUGGUCCAGAGUGUUGCUGAAACAGAAACGUCUGCUGGAUCUCAGUCAUGCUGUCCUGGCUUGUCGCUCUUCCACCAAGAGCUCAGUGCUGUGAAAACAAAACUGGAAGCUGUAGAAACACAACUGAAAGAGACUGAAAGCCAGCUUCUGGUGCUUAAAGAGAAAGAAGCAUUGAAGGUAGUUUUCAGUGCUGCGACAGGUGGGAAUGGAGCCAUUGGGCCCUUCAGCCAACACCAAACGUUGGUCUUCAGAACCGUGAUAACAAAUAUAGGCAGUGCCUACAACCAGCACUCUGGUGUCUUCGUUGCACCAGUUCGAGGAAUAUAUUACUUCGCCUUCUAUUAUCACGCCUCAGGAUUACAUCCUUCAUACGUGCACCUGAUGAAGAACAGCAACAUUGUUGUGUUGAGCUCUGACCAGCAGACAGUGAAUGACGGGGCUGAUAAUGGAGGCAAUGCGGCUCUUCUGGAGCUGCAGCAGGGAGACCAGGUCUACCUCCAGCUGGUUGCAAACAACCACGUCUGGGGAAACGACUACCACACCACGUUCAGUGGCUUCCUGCUGCAUCAAGUCUGAAAAAUGAUUGAAUGCUGAUGUAAAUGACUUAAACUCAUUGAACAAACAAAAAGAAAAUACCACAGUUGGGUGUUUUGAUUUUUGUUUGCUAAGAAAUUGAAAAUGUUGUUUUUAGCUGAACGAAAUAUAACUACAACAAAACGUACUCCCACAUUCCAUGAACGUCACUCAUGAGACAGUCGUGAAGUCUAUACUUCUCGGGGCCAAAACUGGUAACUUUAGACUACUGACGGGCCACAAAAUACGUUAAAUUAAAAAUGCAAAAAUUGGAAUAUUGGCAGAUCUUGUCUUAUGAAAUCUGUUUAUCAUUAAAAUCCAAAAUAAAGGACUAAGAACUGAGAGGUGUGGAAGGUUGGUACAACAACAGCAGAUCUUUAAUGUAUUCCCUGGUUUUAGUGAGAACACCAGCAGCAGCAUCCUGGAUCAGCUGCAGCUGGAGGAUUGAUUGUUUAGGCAAAGCUGUGUGGCAGUAAUCAAUGCGACUGAUGAGAAACACGUGGAUGAGUUUCUUUAGAUCUUUCCUCUAAUGCUGGAGAUGUUCUUCGGGUGAUAGAAGGCCGAUUUUGUUACUGUCUUUAUGUGACUUUGAAGGUUCAGGCCAGAGUCCAUCACUACUACCCAAUUUUGACCCUGGUCUCUGGUUUCUAGCUGUAAUAACUGAAGCUGUGUCCUGACUCUAGAUCUUUCCUCUUAAGGUCCAAAGUUGAUAACUUCAGUUCAUUUUUUUCUUUGCUUAGUAAACAUUUCCAUUGAUAAUAAAACUUUAAACACUUUCUGCAUAUCAACUUCCUACUUAAGCUCUAACCUCUUUCAUAUUGUAACAGCUUGAAUUUAUUUCCUAGUUUUAGUGAGAACAAUGUUCCUGGGGUCUUCCAAAACCACAAUAUUGUUUCAUUAAGAAUAAUCCAUGUAAUAAUAAUAAUAAUAAUAAUAAUAAUAAUAAUAAUAAUAAUAAUAAUAAU